GUUCUGACCAAGUUCAGGAAGAGACGUGGCCCGAAACUGGGCAGUGUCACGCUUACGACAGGCUGUUAGCUAAGGUGGCACUUCCGCUGUUGGCCAGCAAGAAAAUUGCGUGGGAAGCACCACCUCUGCAAGCAGUUCGCGGGCAAGGGCGGCUGUUACCUGCAGUACUGGAUGCGGCCCAGGCUUCUGAAGCCCAAGAGGCUACCAACGAAGGAGCUGAUGCGCUCGCGGUGCUUUGUGCCCAUGGAGCUCCCGGAGCUCGCAAGCGACUCCUCACUUGGACUCUUAGUGAGUCCGUCAGCUUGUAUGGCGCGGCGUUGCGUGUUCAUCUCUUUUUGACCUCGCGGCUUGGAGCGGAGCGUGCGCUGGCGUGGGCACAGUUCUUGAUGAAGGGCUCCGAUCUUCUUGGUGGAUCUGGGCGGGGCGCACUGCGUGCCCAAAGUCAAGUGUGUUCUUGCAUUGCAGUACUGCUAUCAUCUUGUCACCCCAGCUUUUUGAACCCUUGGGUGCAAAAUCUGCUUUCUUCGGGAUUGUGCCGCGCAGAUGAGCUGCUUCUCGUGAGGAGGAUUGUUGCAUCGCGCCCCUCUGUCGCGGACGAGCUGGCUGAAAAGCUGACGGCGGAUGUUCAAGCCGCACCAAGCCCUGCAAAGCUCCGUUGCCUAGGCAACAUCGCUAGGCUGAUGCCAAAGGAGAAACUUAAGGUCAUGUGUGAGAUGCUCCGAUCUAUCCUGCGAUCGGACAGCUUUGAUGCAGCUACCCGUGCAGAGGCUUGGGCUGUACAUGCUUGGUGCUGCGAGCGGCUAGGUGACGUCUCCAGUUUCCGUGUUGGCAUGCGCUAUGCCAUCAAAUACUUCGACAAGUCGGAUGUCAUGGGCACUCGAGUCGCUUUAGUGCUAUCCAGAGUCGGAGGUGCUCUCUUCGAAGGAAGUGCUGGUGCGAUCGAGGGUCUUUGCUGCGCGACCUGGCCGUUGAGGGCAGCUGGGCUUGCUGCGGCAGCGAGCGCUAUGUCAGAGGAUGCUCCAGCAGCGGUCCGUCAAGUCUCGCGCACCGCUGUAUCCGCCUUCGAUGAGGGUUUCAUUGUCCAGUCGGAUCGCCUGGAACUGCCAUCAAAAAGACGAAGGCUGUUGCAGUGCCUGGUUAAUUUGCCCGACAAGUUCGACAAGGCAGAAGGGGAGGAGGACAUUUCACACUUGUGUGAAUUGUCUCUGUCCAAGAUCAAGUCUUGGCAGUCUUGGCUCCAGCCACCGGUGUGA